CGUACAUUUAAAUGUCAACAAAAAUAUAUCAAAGUUCAAUUGACGUUUUGAAAAAUAACGGCCGAGUUGGUUGAUCUUCAAAGUAAUUUUCUACUAAACAUUGUUUUAAUUUCUAAUUAUAGUUUUAUGAAGUGAUGUUUGAUAAGUAAAUGGUAUAUAAAUAUGGAAGCAAACGACUUUCUAACGAAAAUCAAGGCGAAUGGCAACGAAAAAGACUUGAAUAACUUAGCGGAAAUAUACUCGGAUUAUAAAAAGAUUUUAACAAAGUUACCGUUGAAGGAUAAGGGAUCGUUUUCAUUGAACGUGCUGUGCUUAUUAUGCAGAAAUCUAGACAAAGCUCCAUCAUGGAGGGACACCAUAGACGCCAAAGACCUUCUUACUUUAACCAUAGACUGUAUAAGAGAGACGAGAGGAAUGAACAGGCCCGAACAGGUCAAGACUCUAGCCUGUAUAUAUCAUAUACAUAGAUAUGUUGUCAGGAAGAACACACCGUUACCUCCAGAAUUGAUUUUAAAGCUCUCCUUCAUGGCCUUUGAAGCGGAAUCCAAAAAUUUACUCAAAGAAUAUAACAAAACUUACUGGAAUAUCAUCGCAGACCGUCUCUGCUACCUCGAGAAGCUAAAAGGCAAAGCGGUUCACAAACUCUUACCGAAGUUAACCGAGGAUAUAUUAAAAACACUGGAUAUUUAUGACACAGUUGCGUUAACAGCAAAUGUCUUAGUGUUUCUAGUUAAGAAGCUUCAUUUCAUAUUCAGUGAGAGUUAUUCGUCACAACUUAAUGUGUUAUAUGCGGAUAUCUUCAAGAAAUUAUCUAGUAAAAGUGAUUUAAGUGCGUUCAAAAGCUUAAAAGAGAAUGAGAUAACGGAUUUGUAUGUGAAAAUCUUGGAUUGUUUGUACGUAGUAGCAGAGAAUUCAUCGAAAAGCUGUUUUAAAGAUUCUGCGUUAGGUGUUUGUGUGAGGUCUGCUAUAAGCUUGCUUGGACAUCGCUCAGACAUGUUCCAUUGUCUUCAAACCUUCUUUCUGAACUCGUUUUGUGAUGUAUUUGAAAAUAAAACAACACACAUAGACGCUGUCUUCAAAAACCUCACCGUGUCAUGUGAGAUUACUGACAAGUUGGGUUAUAAAACCGUUUUGGUUCAAACCUACCCAUACCUCAAUCAAUUCUUAAGGCUUUUUAUAGAAUAUUCGAUCAACAAAUCGAUUAAAAGUAAUUUCACAGAAGAAAUUCAAGUGAACUGCCUGAAUUUCAUGCUGAAAAUAUUGCAUGAACUAAAAACAUGUCAACAGUUGGUAAAAUGCGAAAACUGUAAAGUCCAAACGGGCUUACAUGAUGCAUUAAGACUGUCAUUCUUAACCAAAGACUUCAUAACGAUAUCAUUAAAUAAUAACACAGAAAUAACAACCUUAAUACCUGUAUACAAAACUCUGAUUGCAAAGCAAUAUGAAAUAAUGAGCGAUCUAAAAAAACUCGGAUGUGUAAACUACGUGAAAUGCUACAGGAAACUACAAACAAACACUCAUAACACAGCGAUUCUGUUGAAUAAGAAUCAAAAAUAUGAAUUCUCGAUUAAUUUAUUCGAAAUCUAUAUUAAAAAUGAGUUGUGCCUGAGUUCAAAUGAGUUUGAGCAUUCUAAUGUUGCUCGAGCGUUGUAUAAUAAGAGCAUUUGUGAGCUCGACUUUAAAUCACAUGAGCAAGCAUUAUUGGACGCUUACAUGAGCCUGGUAUUUUCAAAAGACCUGUCCUCGGAGAAGUAUAUGAGUUUGGUGAUGGACAUAAAAGCUAAAGCGCUGAAGAUUUAUGAUGAUGAAGAUGAUGAUAAGACCAGUGAUGAGUUGCAACUGGUCUCGGUGAUCGAAGCUUGUAAAAUGGUGAUGGAGAAGCGAGUGUAUGGUGAUUUGAGGCCGUUCUUCAAGGAUGUUAAGUUCAGUGCCCUUCUAAAGCACGAGUUCAGUAUGUACGCCAAGCUGUGGCCAUCGAUAGUGCCGAUAGCGGGCGUCUGGCAGAGUCUGGACUCCUUGCUGAAUGGGAGACGGGAGAAAUGGAUGACAGUGGAAGACCCAGACACAAUAUUCUGGGCACUCCUAGAAGUUAUAUCUUUUACCCCAUCUGCUGUCCGGACGAUACACAGCGAUUAUUACAAGAAUAUCGUGAGAGGUCUACUCAAACAUCUAGAUAGUAUGCCUGAGCCAUUAUCAACAGAUAUAAGAGUGGUUCAGACGACGCUACUCUUCUUACAAGCCGAAUACGACAUGGCCGAUGCCAGCUUGAAGUAUGGAUGGAAAGCUACGGAACCAACCACAGACCCAGACUUAUUUCAAGCGUUACGCACACUAUCUCAAGAACACGAUGCCAUACAAAAAGCCAUACAAGCGGUCGAAAUAUGGACGGAACUAGCAGACGUCAUACAAACAGUUACCCGACGAUCCUGCUUGCUCCCCGCUCUGCAGCUAGCCGAGAUAUUUGUGCAACACUUCCUCCACUACAGCAGGAUCGCUCACGGACUGCAACUGGCGCACGUUUGCUGUGCCGUCGCCAAUUAUAUUGAUGAGAAGGCCCUACACGUCCGCCUGGCGGGAGUGUUGCUGCUGCAGCUGUCCCACCCCGCGCCAGUCCUGCAGCAGCUGCUGCUGGAGGCUGCCCAGCACUGCGCGGGGCUCGGAGACCAGGACCAGGAGACUGUGCUCAUGUUCAUGUGUGAAGCCGCUAUAUACUACACCAAGACCCAAUCAAUGGGCACUGCGGCUAAACUAGUACAACUGGCACAGACUAGGAUACUGGCGGCCUACGAGAAACAUCCAGAUAUUAAUUUGGACCUGGCGUUGGGCCGCCUGCUGGAGGCUCAGGCGGCGCUGUGCGCGGGAACGGGGCUGUCCGCGCUCAGCGAGGGGAACGGCAUUCAGAGGCAUUACCUCACCGUAGCCAACCAUGCGGCCGCCUGGCUGCCCCGCCGGGCCCGCUGCGGCCGCUCCCGCGUGUCCCUCUCGUCCUGCAGCCUGGCCUGCUGCGGCCUGGCGCGCGCCCUGCGGCAGCUGCGGCGCGGGCGCGGCGCGGGCGGCGCGGGGCUGGCGGCGGCGGCGGCCGCGCAGCAGGCCAGGCUCUAUCACGGCAUCGUCGACGUCUACAGGAUGGACGAUGCACAGGUGAAAAUCGACAACCGUCUUAAAUACAUCCUCGGGUUGCCCGCAACCAACGAGCGACCAGCCACCGCACUGGAACCAAAAGUACCAAUGUUCGCUCCGAAACAAGACUUUGAGACAAUGCUCGAAAGUCAGGCAUUCAAGUCUCAAAUAAGCCCGACUAGGAAAUACGUGUCUAUACCUGGAUUCAAUGUGCCUGAGUUUUUCAGCCACUCUGAAUGUAGUUGCUAUGCCUGUGUUGACCCUAAUUAUGCGAUUAUUUCUUAUAUGACCAGCGGGCUUGAAGCCUCCAUGUAUUUCAGAGCGAAUGAAUUAGAAAUUGCUGAAAAUUACUUCAGAGGGGUCUUAAACACUUUCGGUUAUUUCGAUAAGCAUCUAAAGGCUGUCUUAAAGUCGUAUACAGAUCUAGACUUCGAGAAAUAUAUCGUAGAUCAUACCAAGAGACAUUUUGAAAAUCAAUUUAAGAAGGUCAAGUUGGAAAUAUUGAUUGAAGCAGCCUUUUUUGAACUGAAAAAUUUGAAUUUUGAUGCGGCCGAUGAUCAUAUUGUGACCCUACAUGAACUGUCGCAAGACAUGACUGAACAAGAUGGAUACUUGAAAAACGAGGUUAUGAAUCUAAUGAUAGCAUCCGCUAAAAUAAGAAAUGUUGUCAAAAAACAAGAAUUCGAUCUAGAAACUGAGUUUGAAAACCUGAAAUUAAGUCCGAAAGUUAAAACGGAGGCUAAAACCCCCGAAUCCAAAGCAAACAUCCCACAGAUAUCAGCGAAAAAAGUUAAAGAUGAAGAUGUACCGAAAAGGCGAAAAGUUAUCAAAUUGAAUCUCGAUGAACACAGCGCAGACGAGAAAGAAGAAAAACCGAAACCGAAAACGAAAAAACAGUCCGAAUUCAAAAUACCGGUUCCUGUGACCGCUAAACCGGUACUGGAAACCCUAACGCCCCGCACUACACGAAAACCGAAUAUCACAGUUACAGACACAACGAAAACUCCAAAACCGGAGAAAAAUGAGAAUGUUGAAUUUUUCACUCCCCAAUCAACACCUGAACAAUUUUUCACGCCUCUGACUAAAAUAAAAACGUAUUCUAAAUCGUUAAGAAAAGGUAUCGUUAAGAACUUAGAGGAAGAAUUCUCGACGCCCCAAGCAGGGCUUGAAAAAGAAAACUCAGGACUUCUAUCGGUCCCUUCGAGGUCAACUAGGAAGGUUGAAAAGGAUAGGGCUCUGCGAAGGGCGACCAGCCCUGGGAAACUAGCUGAGAGUAAGACCAGACCGCGCCGGUUAAGACAACUUAAGUUAAAUGAUGAUUAAGAGAUAUAGUUAUUGAGAUUUUGAA